AGUCGGCAAGUCGAUAGUCGAUAGAAAUGAGUUCUACAGAAAAACAAGUGGACGUAACUACGAAGCGAACAGACGAAAGCGUUGGUGAUAAAGAAAAAGCUGACAUUAAAGACACAACACCGCAUAAAAGACCAGCAUCAGAGGUAAACAGCACAGACGACGAAGUCAAGCAGAAGAUUCAAAAGACUGAUCAGAAAGAAAAUGAAACAGAAAAGGAGAAUGGAGAAUCAGAAGAAAAAUAUGAAGAAGAAGGUGACGAAGGAGAAGGUGAUGAUGAUGAUGAAGUAGUUCCAGAAGGGGAAGAUUAUGAAGAAGAAGGAGAAGGGGAAGAGGAUGGCGCGGAAGACGAAGAGGACGAAGGUGACGAAGAAGAGGCAUAAGUAAGGUUGUGAUCUGCACUGUAAAGGGGGUGGGGGGAGUUGUAAGCAAUCCAUGUAAGAAUGAAUAUAAUAAAAAGAGUGAAGGAGACUUUAAAAAAAAAAAACAGUUUUAAUUCAAGUACACAUCAUUUGUUAUUAUUGGGCAAAUUUUAAAAAGAGGCAAAACAAAAAAAAAUUUAAAAAGAUUUUUAAAAAAUACAAAAAAAAUAAAGUGGAUAAUAAUAGUAAAUUAUUCACUAGCUCUGUUCACGUGUUCAUCUUGUCAAAUCAAAUUACUCAUGAAGAGGGUGUCAAAGGAUCUUACACCUCCCACCGUUAUUUUUUGGCUGCAUAUCUCCUGCAUUUUGUGUGUAUGGAAGGAAGGAGUCCCUUCAUCGUGAAACCAGCAGGAUUAUCCAAACUUUCACACAAUAAUUACAAAAAUAAAAAUAAUAAAUAGGUAAAUAAAAAUGAAAAACAAAAACUAGGCGAGGUUACCCAUCAGUGUAAGACAUCUCAUGAGCAUUUACUUUAUGUUCAUCGUCAGGUUUAAUAUUCUUGCUGCAAUCUUGUCCAAGCCACCUCCUACAAGUGUCAGUCCUCUUCUGUGUAAUUGACAACUAAUUUCCAGUUACACCUGCACUCUUUUCAUGUGCACACCUAAAAAAACAUAAUAAAUAAAUACCGAGUAAGAAUUUUUGCAUGGUUGUCCGUGAUCACGUGUAGCUCUUUCUAUAGGAGAAGUGGAAAAUUAUCCUCUCCCAUCAGCGACCUAGUGUUUAGUGAUACAUGGUACUAGGAAAAAGGAAAUUUUACUCAUGUAGUAUAAAACACUUCAAUUCUGUUUAUCAAGGUUUGGUUGUGGAAUGUGUGAUGUAUGUCAUAAAUGUGCAGACAUUUAAUACAAGUGAUUUUAUGUAUUAUCAUGUUAAUGUGUUCCUAGACACAGUUGUCAAUAUGUAUCCGAUAGAUAGUUUUCACAGGGAGAGGAAGAAAAAAAUUUAAAAAUUUCAUUGCUUGCAGGCUGGUGGUGGUUUGCCAUUUCUAUACUAUAUAUUUACAGUAUAUAUGGUAUAGCCUCUUCAUUAGCAUUUAUCGGUGGGGAUUCUCUAUUCCGAUCUCUCAAAUCCGGCGGAAAAAAAAAGAAAAAUACUUUAUAUCUUUUAACUGUUAUUGUUAUCGGCAUUGUCGGACACGUUCCUACUAUUAUCCUGUAAGUGGGAAAUCAUCUCCUCGUACUCUUCAUCCAUAUAUGGAUGGAGGAUCCCCAUCGAAUUCGUCUAGUAUGUCAAAAGUUCUGUCUCCUGCUUGGCUUUUUUUGUUUUAGACUUGAUCGUGUAUUUCAGUUUCACAAACAAGCAGAUGGUUAAAAUAAAAGUGAUAUUCAACAGAUGAUGAUUGUUGUGUGUGUUAAUUUUAUACGGAUUCUUCCAAGAAAUUCUGUUUGCAAGAUUUGCACUCACUGUAUUGUUUUUACUCUAACUUGCUUAAAAAUAAAAUUUUUAACUAAAAAUA